AUGGGUUUCCAUUCAUUCCUAUACUCCUAUCACUCGACCACUGCUUGUCUAUGGACUGCAAUCUGUCGACCGAACCAACCAUUCGAACGCCAUUUACACACAGAGUGUCCGCACAGUUCGGCCGCAAGAAGUGCCACACAAUCAGCCCAAAACGCACCCAAAAUGGCGUCGCAGUCACGGCUUCCCACAAAAGCGAGUCACGAAUGCCUGAGUCAUAGCUCCGCCCCAAUCACGCGCUCGACUCACUUGAGCAGCGCUGCCGUCACUCACGCGCUAUGCGUUCGCUCAUUGGUUGACGCGUUGGUCGCGACCAAUGAGUGA